UCUCGCAACUCUCUCGACUUCGACUCACUCCCUUCGUCAGCACAGUACAGCACAACACAUAGCGGCGGCGUUCCCUUUUUGUCUUUUGGCACUUUCAGUACUCGAACUGUCCUUUUCAUUGCGCGUGAAAAGCGCCGCGUGCGACAUCCCGUCCAGUCCCGCCAUAGACCCCUCCAGCUUGGUCGGACCCCUCACCCUGAGCACACGACCCCAGAACGCCACCACCAGCUGGUAUCUAGCCCACGUAGAUUAAUGCUAAGCAGCCUCUCGACUCCCGAUUUACCUUUGGUCUCGACAACAUGGACAAGCUGUUAGAUGGCAAGCACUCGCGCCGUGAUCGCCUGGUUGGCAAGCUCUUUGGCAAGGACAAGGACUCGAGCACCAAGGACCGCAGGCCUACCAACGAGGAAAGCGCCGCCGACAUCUCUUCUUUUCUCAACACCUCCGACCGCCUUACAGUCUCUCACCCAGUGCCGCCUCCACCACCAGCGACACAUCCGGGUUUGCCUGCUCUAGCCCUUGAUACCUCGAGAGUCACACGAUAUCCGCAGGCACAUGACGUGGGCUACCAGCAACCCGGUUAUGCGCAAGAAAACCUGCCACGCCGGCCACAAAAUGGCAGCAUAUCGCGCCGGCCGAACCGCAAGGGAUGCAUGGUCUGCUUCGCGGACACGCCUGCGGAAAUCAUUGGUGUGGGCGGCGAUGAGUGCGAAAUUCUUGUAUCUGAGAUUGGGCGCAUGAAGCGAUCGCGGAGUGCUCCCUUGGUCGCAGCCUCCCAGUCCACGAGACAGGGCAAUGAGUACAGGAAUGCACAGGCGAGCCAGAAUACUGGCGACGAUUUCGUGCCUGCUCCGAUCCGACGCACGCAGACAGGCUUCUCGUCCAUCCAAGACUUCAAUUCUCAAGGGCCCAGCACAACAUUGCCUGGACCACCCCCAGGGCCGCCACCAGCACGUUCGCCUCAACCUCGAGCACUGCAGCCGGGAGAUACCGGGCGUACUCGCUUCCUCGACAGCACGUCAGAGGAUCAGGAUAAGCGACGGUCAUUCAUCGAAAUACAACAGCACGAGCAGAGAGAGGCUGAGGGGAUGGCUUUCGCCAAGGCAAGGGCGGCUAGCCAGGAUGACGAGUUUGACGGUGCAACCUCUUCCCCAGAGCCCGUACGUGCCGCACCACCACAGCCGCGCCUUGCAAUGCCUGCGACGACACUGCCUGUCCAUCACUCGCCGGUCCCGUCGUCGCCAGCACACUCGUUCACCUCUAGAACCGCGGCCCAGCGGUCGCCUGUUCCUCCGCCACCUGCGUCAGUGUCACCUCCAACGCCUGUCAGGUCGGACCGCGACAUGCCUGCCGCUGUGUCUGAGUCGCCGGUCGGCAAUCUAGCUCCUCCGACGCCACCCCCAAAAUCCGCCUCACGCUCGCCAAUCAAUUACCAGCCGCCUGAAAACCAAUCAAUACCAACGCCAUUCUUGGAACAAGUCACCCCAUUCGGACACCCGGUUGAGCAGGAACUCACGCGAGAUUACACCAAUGUUCACGGGAGCCCGAGCUCGACGUACUCGUCGUCCAUCUACUCGCCUUCAGACAUCAAGGAUGCCGCAACAGUAAGGUCAAACUCCACGCGAAGUUAUCAGACAGUAUCACCCGACAAGCAAUAUCCGGGGAACCGACUUCCAGACCCCUUCAAUACGGCCAGGGAUGAAUCUCUAGAACUAUUUCUGCAACGCACAAAACAUCUGUAUGAAUUGUUCAGGCUCUAUGCUGAGCAGAUGCGGCCGCUCGAGACAUGUAGACCAGAUGAUCUUUGCAGAGCCGCGCUAUGGUGGUUUCUCAAGGGCCGGACUGCGUUGGAAAUCGUCAUUCGCAAUCGCGGCGGAGACCCAGAAGAUCCGCAACAGCUGAUGCCCCGUUAUCAAGCAUACACUGAUCUUGCGAAGGCUCAUUGGCUUGCCGAGGAGGCAUUGCCCGAGAUUGGUGGUGGCAGGUACAGCCCCAUCUCGGGUGAGUUGGGCGACGUUCGAACGACCAUUCAGCACAACCUCACAAAACUCUGUGGCUCGAUGAGGCGGAACAACUUUUUGCCACCAGAGGAGCCAUUCCUGCCACAAACCAUGGACAAGUCGAUCUGGGUCGAGUACCCAGCAUUGAACCAGGACAUCAUAGCUUUACUAAAUGGCAACGCAGGCUCUGCCUUGGCCGCCGUUCAGCAGCCAGCCCGGAAUAUUGAUCUGCUGGAAGCGUUGCCUAUUGGCGACACGCCCAGGCUAUUCAACUACGGACGGGUGAACGCAGAUGUGUACCUGAUGGAGCAAGGCUCGGGUGCCAACCAGCUGCAUUUCCCUUGCGUGCUGUCCAUCUUGCGACCUCAAAACGACCCCCAAAUCACGUUUGUGGUUGCGAGUCAGAACCAGACAAUCGCAUUGAGGAUCGGUGCGGACAAGAACGUUGGUCCAACUUGGCAAGACGUCAGAUGGAGGCCAGAUAUGUGUUCACUUGAAGUCAAACUUCCGCGAGGUUUCCUCCUGGCCAUACAGCUCGUGAACAAGGACUACGGCAUGCUCUGGAGCAUCUACGACUUCGGCUCCAAAGUUCGGUCGUACCUGUACUCCCGCAAGGACGAAACCGUCGUGUACAAAUCUGCACUAGCCGGCUUUCACUACUUUGACUCAAACCCGCAAGCGCGAUCAUUCCCCAAGGAGGCCAUUAGCAAUUGCGAACUGGCUCUGUUCGAAACCCAGCUCAAAGAAGGAAGCCCACACGGCCCCAGGACUUUCCACCGAGGUUUCCGCAUCGCGGUCGUCACAGGCGCACAAACACGUACACUGAGCGGUGUAACGCACACUUACGCCCCACAACUGCCGUUGCAGUUUGCUUACAUGCGAGACGAUCAACGACAGCCACUUCUUCAGCUAAACUUUGACGAUGGCAAAGACAGAGGGCGGAUGGUAUUCCGCUUUGACAACGAUGCUGAGCGUGAUAAACUCCUGAAGCUCAUCAACGGCACUUAUGUACAUCAGGACGAGGAGAUCGUUGCCGAGACUGUCCUUGAGGGUAUGCAGAUAUCUGAAGGGCUGAGUGAUACGAAAGGAGGUUUCCCCGGAGUGGGACGCCUGCCGUGGCAGAGAGCUCGAGUCAUCAACGACAAAUACCAGGAGAAUGCACCAGUCGUGUUGGCAGAGAAACUCCGAAUCGAAAUUGAAUCCAUGGACAAGCGAGGCAUCGGCAUCGUCAGCACAAUCACAGACCGGAUCAACAUUGCACCUGGCGAAUUGCGCCUUCGCGUCGGCACAAAGGACUUCCUCACGUUGCAGAUUCUCCGGCAGAAUCAGGUAGACAUGACUGUGUCCUUGUCGGAGAAUCUGGCUCCACGAGAGCUCGCAAAGGAAUAUGCGGCCAUGCAGGAGAGCGUGAUGCGCAACCCAACUCUCCGAACGUUCCGCUUUCCAAGCUUCAAGGAGAUGCACACGUUUCAGGCGGCUGUGACGGGGUACAGCGUGCUGUUUGACGCCAUUGCCUCGACCUUCAAUGUGUCGAGACGACGAAUGGUUGUCCCAAUCCACAAGAAGUGGGAGGCGGGCACCACUCGCAUUCAGGUGGUACAGCAGGACAAGACGAUCCAACUGUUGGCCUUUUUUGAGAACUGGUCACACGGAGACUGCAUGGGCUUUGUGCUCAAGGGCACUGAUACCUACGAAUGCGUUAGUCGAAGCGGCAAGGCUGGCCUCAAGCUUUGUGAAGCCAAAUUCCCUCUGCCACGCCUCCCCGCCGAAGGGAUGGCCAAGACGGACGAUAUGGCAUGCCUUUCCCUGGACAUGCCCGAGUACGCUGGAGAAAACGACGAUCUCACCAUCUUCUUUGAGGAUAGUCUUGAGAGGGAUCGUCUGUGUUCUGUUCUGCCUGCGCCCGUCAAGGGCUCGCGCCUGAGUAAAUCGAAGUGAGUUGAAAGGAUUGAGACAGUUGCGAGGGUAUUGGUUGUCAUGGAGAGGAAUGUUAUUGUUGUUGUUAGCCCUUGCAUCUGGAACGAGCCAUGUGGAUAGCCAUGGGGGGGCGAAGUCGGUAUAUUGUAACACAGAUACCCCAUGUUUAUGGAAAAUGCAUCAGACAGGCCGAGACUCCCGGCCACUGA